UGCCUCUGGCCUCCAAAGUUUCUGAUGAGAAACAUGAUGAUAACCUUCUUGAGAGUCUCUUGUAUAUGAUAAGUCUCUUUCUUACUGAUUUUAAGAUCCUCACUUUGUCUUUGGCUUUUGAUAGUUUCAUUAUACUAUAUCCCAGUAUGGGUCUCUGAGUUCAUGCUACUUGGAGUUUGUUGAGCUCCUGGGAUGUUUAUACUCAUGUCUUUCAUCAAACUUUGGAAGUUUUUCAUCAUUAUUCAUGUAAUCUCUUUGCCUCUUUCUCUUUUCUCCUCCUUUUGAAACUCCCACAAUGUAUAUACUCAUCCAGUUGAUGGUGUCCCACAGAUCUCUUAGAUUCUCUUCAUUUUUCUUCAGACUUUUUUUUUUCUGUUCCUCAGAGUCAUAGUUGCAAUUGUCCUAACCUGAAGUUAGCUGAUUCUUCAGCCUGCUCAGAUAUGCCUUUGAAUCUGUAUAGUGAAUUUUUCAUUUUGUACUUUUCAGCUCCAGAAUUUCUCUUUGGUUCUUUUUUAGGUUCUGUACCUCUAUUGAUAUUUACACGUUUUUCAUACAUCAUUUUCUUGAUUCUGUCUGCAUCUUCCGUUUGUUCUUUGCACAUCUUUAAGACAGCAUUUUUAGAGCUAUGGUAGAUUUGCCAUCAGGUCUGUUUCAAGGACAAUUUCUAUGAUUUAUUUUUUGCCUUUGAAUGUGCCAUACUUUCCUGUUUCUUUGUAUGCCUUGUGAUUUUCUGUUGUUGUUGAAAACUAGACAUUUAAAUCUAUUAAUGUGAUAAGUCUGGAAAUCAGAUUUUCUCCUUUCACUAGGGCUUGUUGUUUUAGUAUUAUUUUUGUUUAUUGUUUUUGGUUUUUGUAGACUGGGUAAGGAAACAGGGAUCAGCCUGUGUCAGGGAUAGAAAUAUAAACUUAAGGUCUUCCCAGGUAUUUUCUUUGCAUCUUUUCCUGGGCAUGCAUGAUCAUUUUCCAAUUUUGUCCAUAUUUACAGUUGUUUUUGAAUGUCCCAGUCUUUAAUAUCUGGCUCCCAAAAGGAGAAAAAGAGAAAAAUAAAUACAGGAAGAAAAAUUGGCUCUGGCCCUUUAACUUCUCUGGAAGUCAUUUCAGGGGAGCAGAGGGGCUCUUGCAACACUGGGAGGAGGUGCAACAACAAUGGCUGGCACCCUCUUUGAUUACACCCAUGUGAUCUUUGGCAACAAUCAGUGAUCAGAGUACAGAUCUCUAUACUUGGAGGACAAGGUCCUUUUUGCCGUGGGCUCCUGCAAGCUGAGUACAAACUGCUCCAGGAGCACAUGCACAGCUGCCUGCCAGAGAGCUAGGAGUGGAGGAUGGUUUACUGCAACUGUGUUAAGAGCUGAAAAUGACCCAAAUUAAUGCACUUUAUCAUUUAGUCCUUCUCUUGGAAGUUGCAAGCCUUCAGUGGACUACAGAGUUCCAAGAUAGUUACUUGAGACAGGUUCUGCCAGUGCAGUUGUUGUCUAAGUUGGAAGACAGAUUCCUGGUGGUUCCUACUUUGUCAUCUUUCUUGAAUCCCUCUGUGAUUUCUUAUGGCAGAAAUUAUGUUAAUAGUAAACUCAACAUAAGUGAUACAGUUUUUUGGUUCUUAAUAAAUUAGGUUUUUGCUUUUUGUGUUUAGAAUGGCAGACCAAGGUAACUAUGCUUGUGGUUUUAUGGCUUAUGGUACUACAUAUACCCAUAGUGAUAUAAUAUGUCUAAAAAGGUAUGAUUCUUGGUAUUAGGAAUAAAAGGCUUCAUUAGCCAAAUAUUUUAAAGCUGUUUUUUUUUCUUUUUUGCAGGGCAGAGGUGGAGAGGGGUUAGAUGAUUUCAUCUACCCUACAGUUGGCAUAAUAAAGAGUAAGCCCUUAGUUUUGGGAAUGUAUGCAGUAAGCUAGGCAUCCUUGCAUCAGCUCUCAUAGAAGUAUCUGUCCUCCUAGUCUUCAGUAAACAUUAGGAUAUACCAGGACUUACAUUCUGUACCACAGAGUUCAGCAUUCAAUUAAAUAUGGUCUUAUAUCAUAGUCUAAAUAAUUUGUUAAUAAUUAUAAGGUUUUGAGGGGCAGUUGUUAUGCCUCUUGUUUGUACACACAGUGCCUAGUAGGUAUUCAGUAAACACUUGUUGAUUAGGUUAUCAUGUAUAAGCAAUAAUUUUUUUGUGGAAUAAUGAAGGUCUUGAAACUUGAGUAGACAUUAGACUGAAAGUAUGCACAACUCCCUGUGAAUUAUGCAUAAAUUUAUAGAUUUGAACUUUGACUUGCAUACUAAGGAUUCUUUUACUGUUUUUAGAGUGGUAGUGCUGAUAUUUCCUAACAUUUACUGAGUACUUUCUGUGUUCCUGGCAUCGAUCUAAACAAUUUACAUACAAUAACUCAUUUAAUACUACCUUAUGAAGUAUUCUUUAAAUCCAUAUGGUAUAUGAGGAAACUAAGAUAUAAACAAGUUAAAUCUUUUCUUAAAUACACAGAGUUAAUAAGUGAUAGAGCCAGGAUUCAAAUCCAGAAAAAAACAGCUAAAAGCCUACAUCCUUAACUUCUAUGUUAUACUGCCUCCCAGUGUUACGUAUAUUAUGUUUCCAAUUUUUAUUGGAUUUAAGGGCCUAAAUUCAUCAAACCUCACUCCUCUAAACACACACACGCGCGCGCGCUCGCGCACACACACACACACACACACCUAUUUUAAUCCUUUGUUAUUAGAUACAGUUAUUAGACCAUCUUGGGAUCAUGGCGUUUUUCUGUAACUUAAACUACCUACCUUUAGGUGAAUUGAGUUAGAAUUGAGUAUUUGACACAAAUAUUACUUCUAUUCCAGAUUAUGAACAUUUCAAAACUCUAUUUCAUGAGUAAUAAACGUGAUUUUGGCAAUAUUCCAAACACUGCUGUUGUUGGAAGUGUUAGGCUAGAUAGAAUUCUGAGUACUUUAUUAAGUUAAAUAGACACUGACAGGAAUAUUUUUAUAAAGAUCUGAUAAGCCUUCUGGUCUGUAUAAACCCAGUCUGUCCUACAAGUGUACAAAUGCAGAAGAUAGCAAAAUCUGAGAAAUGUUAUAGUCAAUCAGUCACUCCUAAAAUGUAGGUUUUUACUUUGUCCAUAGUGUUUAUUGCAAAACAGCAUAGGAAUAAUGGGGUCUUAAGAGUAAAGCUCAGUUGCCAAAUAGGAAAGCUUAUACUAAAAUGGAUUCCAAUUUCUUAGUGAAAAUCAAAACUUGAUUUCAUAUAAAGUAUAAGAAUUUCAUGUUCACGAACAUCCCUAAUCCAUAAAUCAAGACUUUUAAUAUAGAUUUCAUCUCUUCAGACAGAGUGAGCUUGCUUGCUUGCUUUUUUUUAUUUUUUUUUUUUUGAGACCUAAUUUUUCUCUUGUCACCCAGGCUGGAGUGCAGUGGCAUGAUAUCGGCUCACUGCAACCUCUGCCUCCCAGGUUCAAGCGAUUCUCCUGCCUCAGCCUCCUGAGUAGCUGGGAUUACAGGCGCCCACCACCACACUCAGCUAAUUUUUGUACUUUUAGUAGAGAUAGAGUUUCGCCAUGUUGGCCCGGCUGGUCUCGACCUCCUGACCUCAGAUGAUCCACCCGCCUCAGCCUCCCAAAGUGCUGGAAUUACAAGUGUGAGCCACCGUGCCCAGCCAAGCGUAUGGUCUGAAUAUGCGUUGCUUGGCAGCUCGGGUCAACUAUAAGACUUUGAUUAUUAUCUGCGCACUCUUCACUUUGGUCACAGUACUUUUGUGGAAUAAAUGUUCCAGUGACAAAGCGAUCCAGUUUCCACGGCGUUUGAGUAGUGGCUUCAGAGUGGAUGGGUUUGAAAAAAGAGCAGCAGCAUCUGAGAGUAACAACUAUAUGAACCACGUGGCCAAACAACAGUCUGAGGAAGCACUCCCUCAGGAACAGCAGAAAGCACCCCCUGUUGUUGGGGGCUUCAAUAGCAAUGUGGGAAGUAAGGUAUUAGGGCUCAAAUAUGAAGAAAUUGACUGUCUCAUAAAUGAUGAACAUACAAUUAAAGGGAGACGAGAGGGGAACGAAGUCUUUCUUCCAUUCACUUGGGUUGAGAAAUAUUUUGAUGUUUAUGGAAAGGUGGUUCAGUAUGAUGGCUAUGAUCGGUUUGAAUUCUCUCAUAGCUAUUCCAAAGUCUAUGCACAGAGAGCCCCCUAUCACCCCGAUGGUGUGUUUAUGUCUUUUGAAGGCUACAAUGUGGAAGUCCGAGACAGAGUCAAGUGCAUAAGUGGGGUUGAAGGUGUGCCAUUAUCUACACAAUGGGGACCUCAAGGCUAUUUCUAUCCAAUCCAGAUUGCACAGUAUGGGUUAAGUCAUUACAGCAAGAAUCUAACUGAGAAACCUCCUCACAUAGAGGUAUAUGAAACAGCAGAAGACAGAGACAAAAACAACAAGCCUAAUGACUGGACUGUGCCAAAGGGCUGCUUUAUGGCUAAUGUGGCUGAUAAGUCUAGAUUCACCAAUGUCAAACAGUUUAUUGCACCAGAAACCAGUGAAGGUGUAUCCUUGCAACUGGGAAACACAAAAGAUUUUAUUAUUUCAUUCGACCUCAAGUUCUUGACAAAUGGAAGUGUGUCCGUGGUUCUAGAGACCACAGAAAAGAAUCAGCUCUUCACUAUACAUUAUGUCUCAAAUGCUCAGCUAAUUGCUUUUAAAGAAAGAGAUAUAUACUAUGGCAUUGGGCCCAGAACUUCAUGGAGCACAGUUACCAGGGACCUGGUCACUGACCUCAGGAAAGGAGUGGGUCUUUCAAACACAAAAGCUGUCAAGCCAACCAAAAUAAUGCCCAAGAAGGUGGUUAGGUUAAUUGCAAAAGGUAAGGGAUUCCUCGACAACAUUACCAUCUCUACCACAGCCCACAUGGCUGCAUUUUUUGCUGCUAGUGAUUGGCUAGUAAGGAAUCAGGAUGAGAAAGGUGGCUGGCCAAUUAUGGUGACCCGUAAGUUAGGGGAAGGGUUCAAGUCUUUAGAGCCAGGUUGGUAUUCUGCCAUGGCCCAAGGGCAAGCCAUUUCUACAUUAGUCAGGGCCUAUCUGUUAACAAAAGACCAUAUAUUCCUCAAUUCAGCUUUAAGGGCAACAGCCCCUUAUAAGUUUCUAUCUGAGCAGCAUGGAGUUAAAGCUGUGUUUAUGAAUAAACAUGACUGGUAUGAAGAAUAUCCAACCACACCUAGCUCUUUUGUUUUAAAUGGCUUUAUGUAUUCUUUAAUUGGGCUGUAUGACUUAAAAGAAACUGCAGGGGAAAAACUCGGAAAAGAAGCAAGGUCCUUGUAUGAGCGUGGCAUGGAAUCUCUUAAAGCCAUGCUGCCCUUGUAUGACACUGGCUCAGGAACCAUCUAUGACCUCCGUCACUUCAUGCUUGGCAUUGCUCCUAACCUGGCUCGCUGGGACUAUCAUACCACCCACAUCAAUCAGUUGCAGCUACUCAGUACCAUUGAUGAGUCCCCAAUCUUCAAAGAAUUUGUCAAGAGGUGGAAAAGCUACCUUAAAGGCAGCAGGGCAAAGCACAACUAGAGCUCACAACCAAAAUUAUACUUCAGCCUCUGCUGUACACAGAAACUACAAGCUCUGUCUCAGGAGAGCAUAGGCACAUUUUAAAAGGUUAUGUACUAGGUUUUUGUGGAUUCUAUCAAAGUGAUAAGUGAUCCUUAAAACCAGCCUUCUAAAAUAAUUGCAUUCCAUGGGUUGUGUAUUUAGAAAUGUAGGUGGCAUUUAGAACACAAUGUUUAAUCAAUGGGCUGAACAAAGAUGCUUCACUUUGCCUUGCCCAUCACCCUAUACAGUUUUGCAGAUAGUCUAGUCACUCUAUGUGAGAAAGAUAAUGGUAAGUAGAUGCUACUGGCCAACUGUCUAGCACUUACCUGAAAACUUAGUAUGGAGCUCUUUUAAAAUGUGAUUAUUUAUAUUUAUGUUGAAAGCAGACUUUAAAAAAAAUAAUGUGCUGUAAUACAGUAAAUAUGUACUUGUAGCCUGGAUAGCAGACUGUGUUCAACUUUUUAAAAAGAUGUUUCCUUUCUAUAGAUUAAUUUCUUGGGAGCAAAUGAGUAUUUGUUGCAUUUGUUCAAUUUGUUGUAUAUGGUGAAUAUUUAAUUAUGGUUUUCUUGAAAUGUGUAAAUUAAAAACACAAUCAGUGUUCAGGCUUCACAGUUAUAUAAUGUAAGCACAACUAAAAUGAAACUUGUUGACUGCACAAGAAACUACAAAAAUGUUUCUGUUUUGAAACUUUAUCUACAAUCAGUAAAAGUUUGAUAAUCAGUAUAUCCCUCCCCAACCCCCAUUGUGACAGUUUCUUUUUGUCACUAUCUAGAAUUUUGUAUUUUAUUUCAGACUAUACCUUGGAGUUUUGUAUAUUUUGAGAGAGAUAUUUUUGGGACAUUAUUUUGGAAACUUAUUACAAAUCUAAAUUUGGAAAGGAGCUAGUAGCUUUAAGGCCACCACCAUGUUUUACUUUUUUAGGAUUUUUCCCCCUUUAAAUAAAAAUAUUAGAUCAAAUACUAUAUACAAGAAUCAUAGCAAAGUUUUUUUUUUUCCUACCAAGAUCAUUCUUGAUCAUCAGCUUCCCAAACUAGUGAGUCUGUGCAUCAUUGGGUUUUUUUUUAAUUUAAUUUUAAAUUAUUCCAGCUAUUAGAUAGAAGGGAUGUUACUGCAUUUAUAUGUAAUCAGAUCUUUAUUCAGGUACACAUAUCCCCCUAUACCACACAUAAAUAGAUUUCAGAGCCCCCAUACAAUGGGCAGUGUCUGCUAUAGGGCUUCAGGCAUUAAGUAAAACCGAGGGUUGUUGAUUUUGCUGUGACAGUACACUAAAUCAAUACUAUAUCUUAUACAGUUUGAAAAUAUGAUACCCUACACUUUCAGGGGACCGAGUCUGACAAACACAAUGCAUUUAUCUGUGACCUAUAUCAAGUACACAUUUAGGAGCCAGGUAGGUUACCUGCUUACACACUAUAUUUUAAUUGAAUUCAAACUACCAAGCACUACUUAGAAACUGGAAAACAUAUAUAUGUUAGCAUCAAAGGGGGCAGAAGCAAAGAAGAUACAGAUCUGCACUGAAGACAUUAAACUGGCCAUAGAAAAGUAAGCUUGAACUCCCAAUUGAUGUGACCACACUCUUCUUAAUUUUGCUCACAAUAAAAACACUUUUGAGUUAUUAGGCUUUUGACCUUUGCAUUUCACAUAUGUUAGAUGUCUCAGCAAGAAUAUCUGGUCUCCCCUAAUUUUUAUUCCCAGUGCCGAUGUUCAAAAUAAACUUUCUCCAAUCUGGGAACCUUUUUUACCUUCCCAUGUUUGUUAUUUAGAAUGGUUCAUACGUCUGCUUUGUUUGCAUACUGGUCUUCAGAUUAUGAGACUCGAUGAUAACAGUAUGGUACUGCUUCUGUGACAAAUAUCGUGCCUUAACAAUGUGGCUGUCCUUUUCCACUAAUGAAGGAAAGACUUUUUGAUCUAGAAAUAGCGUUGUGAUUUCUUUGCUGUUGGUUUUACACUGCCUUCACAUUGCAACAGCAACUCGAUUUGUCUUGUGAUCCCAGAAUUUUCUAAGAGGAUGAGUUGAACCUAUAGCAGCAUUGUCAGUACAGACCAGUGGUUCUCAAACUUUAAAAUGCCUCAGCAUCACUUGGGAGCUUAUUGAAAUGCAGAUCCCAGAGUAAGUAAAUCUGCCUGUGAAGUAUGAUAGUCUGCAUUUGUAAUGAGCAUUCAAGUGAUUCUGAUGCAGGUGAGCUGGGAGCAUACAGGGAGGAACACUGCCCUAGACUAUCCAUUGCAUUUUUGCCUCUAAACAACUACAGAAUUUUCUAGGGUUUUAAAUUAUGUAAAAUGUUUACUUAUUCUGAGCUUAGAGAGAAUGGGGAGGGUAUUUUUAAAUUUUAUUGUUUUGUUUCUUUAAAUUUUUCUUUGCUUUAAGAUUAUAGGUGUUAGGUUUGUUUUUGUUUUUCCACUUAUCUUGAGUUCACUUUGAUGUUAAAUCUAUUGCUACUUCAGUUGUAAAACCAGCCAAAAGUUUCUGGAUGAAGGUCAAGUUUGACCUUUUAGGAGUUAUUGUACAUAAAGGCUUCAUCCAAGAACCAUCCAGCGCACAGAAGCAAAUGCAAAAAUGACACAAGCACAACUCUCCAGACGUGGCUCCUUCUUUCUCAGUGCAGACUCUCACUGAAAGCUGCUAUUUUCAUCCUCCUUGUGGUUGCUUUUCUUGUUUCUCUUCCAUUGUACAUGUGGGUUAUAUACCAUAUGUUAAAUAUGCAAUAAAGUGUUUACAGGAUGCCCUUCUGAAGGGUAGUCCUUUGUAAAGCUGUACAGACUUUGCAGUUUAAGCACAAUGUGCACAUGUUAGUUUUAUAUACAGCAAAACUUGAUUUUUUGCAGAUGGAAAGGUAUUUUGUUUCUAUACAAAGUAAAUGGAUUGUUUGUGCUUAAUGUAAAGCUGCUUUAUAAAACUGUAAAAUAAAGUUUUUUUCUUAAAAAUAA